AUGGAAGCAACUAGAACUCUUGGCUCUCCCCUUGAGCUUUCUCUGCCCUAUCGCAAAGCUCGCUGCGAAAAUAUCACAGUCGGUCGCGCAAAGAAAGUCCAGACGGACAAGCAUCAAUUUAUCACGCAUGGCCAUCCCUUCAAAUGCCUACAUCGUUUCUUUAUCGGCCUAGAGCCUUCGUGGAGUGGCUUAAAUGCUAUUGAGUUCACUGAGGGCUCGGCAGUUGGCUAUGUCAAGAAGCUAUCUGUGGUUGGCGACAUUCCCGAGGAUCGGCUUUCCGAGACUUGCCAUCCAAAUAUAGUCAAUUUGAGGGAAGCCUUUAUCACUACUGGAUCAGUGUUCCUAGUAUACGAGCCGUGGGGGAUGACUCUUGACGAAAUCUUGAGCCUUUCGACAGUGUUCCAAUUGGGAGAGGUAGAGGUGGCCACCAUUUGCCAGGGGGUCCUCCAGGGUUUGCAGUAUAUCCAUCAGGUUCUUGACGUCAGCCAUGGCAGUUUGACCCUUGGCAAUGUACACAUUAUGGAAGAUGGUGCUGUCAAAAUCGCAAAUGUUGGUGAGAGCAUGAUUGUGAGGCCUGCUGCCCGAGAAAAGGCUAAGGAUAUCCACGCCUUUUGCCGCAUGGCCAGCACUCUACUUAGGCCAAACUCAACGCCUGAGACCCGAGGGACCAUCGGCCUUCUUGCCUCUGACUUUGUCAACGUGCCACCCACGGCGACAGUUGAGGAACUGCUACAGCACCCCUUUUUAAAAAUAAGUGCCGGGCCUUGGUGUCUGCGGCCCGUUAACAUACUUUGCACGAUUGUGCAGAAGUUCAGAGGCGCGCCUCCUCGCAAUCUCCCAGAUCUUACGACGUGA